UAGACACACGUCAGCUCAAAAAAAAGCACAGACUACAUGUUGUGUAGAACAGGGAAGUUUGAUGCAAAGUUAUGUGACUAUCGUUCAAGAUGACGUUGCUGUUGUUCAGCCUUUAUUUUUGGAACCUCAUUUUAUUAACAUCAUCUCAUCCAAACAUAAAGUGUCUUGUCAUAAAUCUGGAAUAUGUCAACUGUACAUGGAGUGAGCAGGGGGUCCAGAUGCACAAUUACACAUUUGAGAGCAUGUUUUCAGCAUAUGGCAAGCAGAUCUGUUCUCAGUAUUACCAGGUUAACAGGGUUAACGUGGGUUGCAAGUUUCCCUACAAUGAAACCCAAAGAUUCAAUGAACUGGAAACGUGGUUAUAUAAUAAAAAUGGCAGUUUGGUGACAAAACAGAAACAUCAACUAAAAGAAGAGGUAAAGCUCUACCCUCCGUAUAACCUCUCUGUGGAGGCAAAAAAGGACACCGAACUGUGGCUCUAUUGGAAUGUUACGCAAAACAAGAAUUGCAUUGACAGUCAAGUUCGUCACAGGACAGAAAACACGGACUGGCAGAACAAAGAACCCAGAUCCAUGAACCAAUUCAGCUUACCAUUUCCCUCAAAAAAACGGUACGAGUUCCAGGUCAGGGCCCGGAUUAUGUCAUCUUGUGGACAGUCUAAGUACUGGAGUGAAUGGAGUAAGCCCGUGUACUGGGGACAUUCGAAGCCCAACAAUAACACAGAAAGUCCAGUUUCAAGCUCUGUGACAUCACUAGUGCUGUAUGCAGUGGGAGCCACAGUUAUGCUUGUCAUACUCUCCUGCUUGCUGGUCCACAGCGAGAGGUUAAGGAUCAUUUUGAUACCGGUUGUGCCAAACGCAGGACGAAACGUAAGCAAAUACCUUGCGGCUUUCUUCGACGACUAUGACGGUAACGUUGAUAAAUGGCUUUCCAUCUCUAAAGACCUGGAGAAAGGUUUCAAACCCAAUUUCACGGAGCGAGCCUGCCCGGUGCGCGAGUACAGAAUCGGGUCUCAAUCAAGCAGUGAUAGCGGAAGCGUCCUCUCAAUGCCAACAGACAUGUCAUCAGAUUAUCAAUGCAUGAGCUAUUCGUCGGCCUCAACCAUACCUGGACCAGAAGAAACCUCCCAGAAUCAGCCUCUAUCUCCGGCAGAUAAUCCAGUUUAGAUGACAGUCGGUUAGUCAGAAGCUACUGAUCUAAAAGAUAGUGUUAGGACAGAUAAUGUUAGUUUAAAGGCAGACAGACUAUUAAAUAUAAAGGUGCUUCAUGAUGUCAGAGGAACCAUUUUUGGCUGUAUGGUUAACAUUUGAAGGAUCUUUCGGUUUGACCGGCAUGAUAUAUAUCAUACUGUGCAAGUGUUUUUUGGAAAUUUUAUUACAAAAAUCAUUCAUAUUGGGGCUUUAAGAACCUUUGACUGAAUGGUUCUUCGGGGAACCAAAAAUGGUUCAUAUGGCAUCAGAUUAACCAUUUUUGUAGCACCUUUAUGUUUAAGAAUUUUGUGUUAGGUAGUUAGGUGAAAAUUAUGUAAUUAGGUAAAAAAAGUGCUAUUACAUGUUUUCUUUUAUGGAUUCUUUAAGACUGACGAAAGGCAUGAGUUGAUGGUAAUGCUAUGUAUUGUAAUGGAAAGAAAGGAUUACAGACAGAAGUCAAUUCUAGAACAUGAUUUGUAAAUUUUAUAUUCGCAUUUCAUUAUAUUUGUCUUUUUAGGCAUACAGACAUCUCAAAACUUGACAUGUUUGAAUAUUUCAUAUGUGCAACAUAACAUGGAGGCUGGUAUCAAGGCUUAUUUCUAGUUUAUUUUUAUAUGACAAUUUGAACAACAUUGUAGUUUUUGGUUUAAAGCUCUAGAGUAGAAAUCCAAAAAGUUGUAGGGUCACCAUUGUGCCCCUGAGCAAUUGCACCAGGGCAACCUUUCAUGUAAUACGUAUUGUGCAAGAUAACGCCUCUGCUAUCUUAUAUACUCUGACAUUUGAACAACUCACGUAUAUAAAUAUCUGGCAUGUUCGCUGGAAACCUUUGACUUUUUAAAUAUUUCCUGUCACUUUAAUACGCAUAGUUUCAUUCUCUGUCAGAUGUUCAAACAACAUUUUGCAAAUGUUUAAUAUACUGUAUUUGCUCUUUUUAAGAUGCUUGUACACAUAUAAGAUGCUUCAAAUAGAAUGUAAUUCAUGAAUUAUGAUUUAAUAAAGUGUCGAUUGUUAUUAAUUUA